AUGUCUGCCCCUACUACUGCUCGCGGCUAUGGUAUCUCCGACACCAAGAAGUACACCGACUUCUCGGUCCAGGAGUUCAAGCUUAAGACUGCUGGCCCGCACGACGUUACUCUCGACAUCGAGUUCUGCGGUGUCUGCGGUUCGGAUGUUCAUACGAUCACAGGCGGCUGGGGCCCCCUCUCCACUGACUGGGUCGUUCCCGGCCACGAGAUCGUCGGCAAGGUCACUCAUGUCGGUGAUGAAGUGAAGGAGUUCAAGGUCGGCCAGCGUGUCGGUGUCGGAGCGCAGGUGUACGCCUGUCUCGAGUGCGACAGGUGCAAAGCCGACAAUGAGAACUACUGCCCGGAGCAGGUCGACACCUACAACGCUCCCUUCCCUGAUGGCGUGAUGGCCCAGGGGGGCUACUCGUCCGUUAUUCGCACGCACGACCGCUUCGUCUUUGCUAUCCCCGAGGAGAUCAAGUCGGAGGAGGCCGGCCCGCUUAUGUGCGCUGGUCUCACCGUCUACUCGCCUUUGAAGCGCAACGGUACCGGACCGGGCAAGACUGUCGGUAUCGUUGGUAUCGGUGGAUUGGGCCACCUUGCCAUCCAGUUCGCACACGCCAUGGGCGCCAAGGUCAUCGUCUUCUCCCACUCCGCCAACAAGAAGGACGAUGCGCUCAAGCUCGGCGCGGACGAGUUCGUAUUGUCCGGCGAAAAGGACUUCGCCAAGCCCUACUUUGACAAGCUCGACUUCAUUCUCUCCGCGGCGGAUGUCCACAACCUUCCUAUCAGUGACUUCCUCUCUAUGCUCAAGGUCGAAGCCAAGAUGGUCAGCGUCGGUCUUCCGGACAAGGAGUGGGAGGGUCUCCAGCCCCAGAUCAUGGCUAGCAACGCCAGCGCCAUCGGGACGACCCACAUUGGUUCCAAGGUCGAGUGCAAUGAAAUGCUCAAGUUGGCUGCACAGAAGAAUGUUAGGCCGGUCAUCGACCAAAUUCUUCCCAUGAGCCAGGCGGGCAAGGCGAUCGAGGGGGUGAAGGAGAACCACGUGCGCUACAGGUACGUCCUCAAGCAGGACUUGGCCUAG